CGCGGGCGGCGCCGCCAUGGACGCGCUGAGCCGGGCCGGGCCGCGGCCCCGCCGCGCCGCCGCCGCCGCCGCCUCACCCCUGCCCUGGGGCCGCUUCGCCGCCUGGAUCGACUGCGUGUGUGUGGUGACCUUCGACCUGGAGCUGGGACAGGCCAUGGAGCUGGUGUAUCCCCACGACUUCAGGCUCACUGAGAAGGAGAAAACGAGCAUCUGCUACCUGUCCUUCCCAGACUCCUACUCAGGUGGCCUCGGGGACACCCAGUUCAGUUUCCGGCUGCGCCAGGCCGGCGGCUCCCGCAGUUCCCCGUUCCAGGAUGACGGCAGGUACAACCGGGAGGCGCCCCUCACUCUGCAGCGAGAGGCCGCUCACUAUUUCGGGUACGUGUACUUCCGGCAGGUCAAGGACAGCUCCAUGAGGAGGGGCUACUUCCAGAAGUCCCUGGUGCUGGUGUCCCGCCUGCCCUACGUGAACCUGUUCCAGUGCCUGCUGCAGCUGAUUGCUCCCGAGUACUUCGACAAGCUGGAGCCCUGCCUGGAGGCAGUGUGCAAUGAGAUCGACCAGUGGCCACCACCAGUGCCUGGCCAGACCCUGAACCUGCCCGUGAUGGGAGUUGUCAUCCAGGUGAGGAUCCCAUCCCGGGUGGACAAGCCAGGCUCCAGCCCAGUGAAGCAGUGCAACCAGGAGAACCUGUUACCAGCCCCCCUGGUUCUCCCCAGUGUUCAUGAGCUGGAUCUGUUCAGGUGCUUCCAGCCAGUGCUGAUCCACAUCCAGAUGCUGUGGGAGCUGAUGCUGCUGGGGGAGCCCAUGGUGGUGAUGGCACCGUCCCCAAGCGUGUCCUCAGAGAUGGUGCUGGCCCUCACCAGCUGCCUGGCCCCGCUGCGGUACUGCUGUGAUUUCCGGCCCUACUUCACCAUCCACGACAGCGAGUUCAAGGAGUACACCACGCGCACCCAGGCCCCGCCCAGCAUCGUCGUGGGCGUCACCAACCCCUUCUUCAUCAAAACCCUGCAGCACUGGCCACACAUCCUGCGGGUGGGCGAGCUCCGCAUGGCAGGGGACCUGCCCAAGCAGGUGAAGGUGAAGAAACUGGCCAAGCUGAAAACCCUGGACACCAAACCAGGAAUCUACACUUCCUAUAAAACAUUCCUCCACAAAGACAAAACCCUGAUAAAAAGGCUACUGAAGGGCAUCCAGCGGAAGCGCCCCUCGGAGGUGCAGAGUGCUCUGCUGAGGAGGCACCUCCUGGAGCUCACCCAGAGCUUCAUCAUCCCUCUGGAGCAUUACAUGGCCAGCCUGAUGCCUCUGCAGAGGGCCAUCACUCCGUGGAAGAAUCCCCCCCAGAUCCGCCCCUUCUGCCAGGAGGAUUUCAUGAAGAGCCUGGAGCACGCCGGCCCCCAGCUCACCUGUGUGCUCAAGGGGGACUGGCUGGGGCUCUACAGGAGAUUCUUCAAGUCCCCCAAUUUCGACGGCUGGUUCCGGCAGCGGCACCGCGAGAUGAGCCAGAAGCUCGAGGCCCUGCACCUGGAGGCCAUCUGUGAGGCGGACAUUGUGGCCUGGAUGAAGGACAAGUCUGAGGUGGAGAUCGUGGACCUGGUGCUGAAGCUUCGGGAGAAGCUGGUGAGGGCUCGCUGCCAGCACCUGCCCGUGAAGGAGGAGACCCUGCAGAGGGUGAGUCUCUACAUCGACACCAUCAUCGGCUCCCUGCCCGAGGACCUGCAGGCCGUGCUGCACCACCCCUGAUCCCCCUGGUCCCGGGGGCUCCUGCAGCAGGAGAAGCUGGCCAGCCUGGGGCAGCCCUUACAGAGGAGAUCCCGCCCUGAUGCAGCCGGGAUGGCAGCGGGGCCGCCGCUGGGACUGUCCCCUGGUGGCAGCAGCAGGGCAGGAGGAGCCCGGGUCCCUCCCGGUCCGUGCUGGGCGUUCCCGCAGCCCCGCCCGGCGGGAGGAGCAGGAGCAGCCCUGCAGGGCUCAGCACGGCUCCUGGGCACGGAGAGGAGGGGACAGUGCCACCCCCGGCCCUGGGCAGCCCGUGGGAGCAGCAGGAGGAGCUGCUGGACGUGGAGUGCUGCUCUGAUUGUCCAGGGCAGAGCCACAGGAGGAGCAUCCACAGGGGUCUGAGCUCCCUGCAGUGCCUGGCAAGGGCUGCUGGCCCCAAAUCUCAUUUACUCUGCUUCAACACCCAGCCUGAGCUCCAGGACACAGCAGGGCUGUGGGAGAGCUCCUGCCAGCCCCUUCCCAAUAAAACCUGGAGAAGCUGA